AUGAAGUUGAUAGGAGCCCUUUUUGGGCUGGCGAGAGCGCUGACUGAUGAUGAGGUCGCUCAAUUUGUCUGUAGAGAUCAGGACUACUCCCAGUACAACAUGGUAGAUACAGCUGGUGGCGAUUACAUGACCACCACUGCUACCGCCGACAACGGCUGGAUCGGCUGCCAUCCGGACAUGAGCGAGUGCUACCGAACCCAGCUCGCAUGUUCCGUAAGCAUGACCUAUCUCUCCGGCCCGGACAAAUACCAGUUCGAUUCCAACGGCAUUCCCGAUCAUAAUGCCUGGGGAAUGGCGGGAAAUUCCGCAACAAUUGUCGAACAGAGCAAUAGUUUCCGAGUUCCACGAGUUCCUGUUCUUUUGGACAUUUCUGAAAUGACGCCUGCUGGGCAAGGAGCUAUCGCAUUCGCGAAGAAUGGUGUGUCGAUUUUCGGACCGUACAAUUCGAAUUGCUGCGACGCUACUUUUCAAGAAAUCCGCUCGAUGGACUAUUGCCUCGGUCAUCCUGCGAAUGGCAACUAUCAUUAUCACUACUUUUCCUACAAUACCCAAGGCGGACAGGGCUGUUUGAAUUCUUGCGCCGCUGGAGAAGUUUCCGACCUCGUUGGCGUAGCAAAAGAUGGCUUCCCAAUCUACGGGCCAAUGCAAUGGUGGUCCCCGUCCGAGGAGAAAAUAUACAUGGACGAAUCACUUUGCUCCGACUGCGAGCUUCGCCAGAUCCGAGAAUACCAGACUGACAUUUGCGGAGGAAUCGAAGUCGCUGAUGGCAGUGCUGAUGAUGGUACGAGAUAUCGAUACAUUGUCACUGGAACCUUUCCCUUCAAUUUACAGUGCUAUCGAGGCGAUAUCAGCCUCUCUCGAGCGCCGACAAAUUCUGGUGGAUGGAGAGAAUUUACUGUUAACAAUAGCUGCGGUGUUGACAAUACUGCGGAUGGAACAUGUGAGAUUAUGAACGAAGAAUUUCUGCAAGCUCUUGGUUGUUCCCCAGGAAACUGUCCUUACAAUCCGAAUAGUUUGAGAAAACUCAACUGGUGGCAGAGAUCGAAGACUCAUGUUGUCGAUGAUGUUUAUCAUCUUUGCGAGGGGUGCACUGAUGAAAAUUGUAUUACAUAUACAACGACUACUACAACUACCACACCAACAACAACCUCAACAACUACGACUUCAACGACAACAACGACAACUACUACCACCACUACGACGACGACUACCACUACGACCACUACUACGACAACAACCACGACAACCACUACGUCAACGACAACGACGACAACAACUACAACUACUACAACUACUACAACUACGACAUCUACGACGACAACAUCAACAACAACGACAUCAGGCACAACGACAACAACAACAUUGAUUCCGACAAGAAGGCAAAGAAACUCGACGGAAUUUGGCUUCCGAAGCGUAGAAGUCGAUCCAGAAGCCCCAAUCACGUGUUGGACCUGCAAAAGCGCGAGAAACUUUGCCAACUGUGAAAAUAUAGGCAAGCAAAAAAUUUGCAAAAAAGAUCAAGUCUGCCAACUGACCGUUCGAGAACGAAACGACAAUAAGGGAGUACGAAAGAUAAUCAGGGUCGAUACAGGAUGCAAGCAAAGAAAAGCUUGUAACAGAAAUCAUGCGAAUAAUUUCAAAGGAUGGAAGCAAGGAAAAGACCAGACACAAUGUCGACCUGAACACGAAUUCAUUCAUUCAGUCUGUCGUCAGUGCUGCGAUUAUAACAACUGCGUUCGAGAUCCAGAUUGGUGGUAUCCUCAAUCAAGAUUCGAAUGGGCUUGGAAGUAA